AGUACCAGGUAUCGGGGACCAAUGACUUGUUGGGCUACUUUUUGAGUAUGGGAGGAGCGCAAACAGUGACAUUCCCGAGGACUAGGUCUAUGCACUGGUGAUAGACUUUCCUCAUCUUGUUCUUGAUCUUCCGGUCUACAGCGCGACUCUGUGAAUAUCAGCAAACAUGUGGAAUCGAUACCUUGAAGAAAUCCUCAAAAUUGUAAGUGUGAUGUGAGUACACUGGUCAUUGCCUCGAAACACCAGCAUCUAUGAUCACAUGACGUCAUACCCUUCGUUCGCCAGGCACCGCGCCUGCAUGUUGAGUUCUACCAGCAUCCUCCUCUAACAAUCCGCUCUCUCACAACAUGACAACCGAGGCGCGCUCCGUGGAAAAUAGAACGCGUUUGGUUUCUCACUUUGUCGAUUUCAGAACCCGCGAGGAACAAAGUGCAGGUUGGACGAGCCUGUGGGAGUCCAAUGAAUCAAAUCUCUGGGAUCGUGGUCAGCCCUCGCCUGCCUUUGUUGACUUCCUCGACACGCAUGCGUAUGGCAAGUCACUGGUGAAUGGUGGACACCAGCUGAAAGCUCUCGUGCCGGGUUGUGGCAGAGGUCACGAUGUAGCCAUGCUAGCUUUACAUGGGUUCGAAUCAUACGGACUGGAAGUCUCUCCGACAGCUGUAGAAACAGCGAACGAACAUGUCAAGUUUCAACUCGCGAAACCAGCUCCACACAACUUUGGAGAGACUGUGAAUCGACCCACACCCGCAAAUGCAAGGGUUAUCCUCGGUGAUUUCUUCCAGCAAGACUGGAAGGGUGAGUUAGGGGCAGACUUUGGAGGAUUCGAUCUGAUCUACGACUACACGUUCUUGUGCGCACUGCUGCCUGAGAUGCGAAAAGAUUGGGUUCGACGUAUGGCAGAUCUACUCUCACCAACUGGAGUACUAGUCUGCCUAGAAUUCCCCAUGUGGAAGCCUUUGAAAGCUCAAGGUCCGCCGUGGGGCCUUAACGGCGUGCAUUUGAACCUUGCUGAAGGAGGCGAUGGAGUUGCUGACGAGGAAGGGAGGCUGAGGCCGACAGACGGAAAAGGUGGACUCCUCGAGCGUGUUGAGUAUUGGAAGCCGCCGAAGUCGUUUGAGCAGAGUCGCGGAGAGGACAUGAUCAGUGUUUGGAAGGUGAAGUAAGAGGUAUUGAUGGGUAAAUCCGCGAAAGAAUCACUUCAUGUUUCUCGACACAUUUAGCAGGAUGCGUUAAGCAUCCA